GUAAAGCCAAGAAACAAUUACGAAUAUAGCUGCCCAUCUGGACUUUAUUCUAAUCCCAUAUGCAAUGCUGUGAGUCCUGCAUCUGCAAAUCAUAGCAUUCAUUGUACUUCCUUCAGUUUCCCAAUUCCUACAAUAAAUUAACUUUAGACAUGGAUGAUUAAAAAACAUCAAUUAAUGUGAGAGUCCUUGAAAUCUGUUGAUUUAAUGCACAAGAAUUGUGGAACACUUCAAAUGUAUAUAUUUGUUAAUUUAUGUACCAAUGAUAUGAUACCUCUUCGUUGAUCUGUUGUAAAAAUCAUCCAACGAGGGAGUAAGUUGCUGGGUAACAGGUGUUGAAAAGUUAAACAGUAUGAACCACAUUGAUGAUGGUCAAAGCUGGCUGAGGGGUACAAACAAUUCACUAGAAAACUAUCUGUACAUUUGUAGGAAUCAAAAGUUCCCAUGCUAACCAGUGUUGAAAAUAUCCUUGUUUGUGAUGAGAUGUUUAUGUUCUGCUUUUAACAGGUGUACAUUGUGGACAAAAUGUAAGCUUACACUGUGGCUUCAAGUAGAAGCCCAUCUUCUCCCAACAGGUAGAGGAGAAGCUGGUGUGGAGAAUGUGGAAAAGGCAGAGAAGUUGGUGUGGAGAAUGUGGAAAAGACAGGAGCUCAGGGUUUCCCGGGACAGAGAGGUGAGUGAGUCUGGAGCCCUAAAAGUAAGAGGAGGGGCUGUGAGUUGGGCUGCGGGGGUCUGCAGGGGCCACAGUGUGAAGGGCAGGCUGCAGAGGCCUCAGGGCUCAGGUUUUAUAAAAAUGAGGAGUUACUGAAGGGGUUUAAGCCAGGGAGUGCCCUCCCUGCCUCAUCUGAAUGAGAGGGAUCUCUCCAAAUGCCUUGAGAAGGAGCGCCUCAGAAAAGUGAGUGAUACUGAUUCUACAUUAUUCACUAAAGCACCUUGUGAGUCUGGAAAUCCAGGGACCAUUUGCACAGUUAGCACAAGAGUAGACGCGGCUACAUUGAGAAGUGAUGGUCUCUGCCCUUGUCUUCUCACUUGCAAGACAACUUUGGGGGAAAAAUACAUACUGAUCUUUCUAAUAAACUGAAAACAUCCAGUCAAAAAAUACAUAUUUCAACAUCACAAUACAAACAAAUUGUAUAAGAUCUAGGACAAAUUCUUGACCAAAAAAUAUGACACAACUGUGUAGACAAUGACAAGUUUUACUUAGGGAGCUAAUGGCUAACUUCAUAAAACAGAGAAAUACGUCACACUGCUCACUGGUAAAGGUAAGUCUACCAAAUCUAUUAAUUUUCCUACAUUACUAAAUUAAGUCAAAUCUCUAUAAAACAUACAAAACGAUUGUAUGUAUAACUUUUGCUGAACUGCUGCCUUUGAAAUCUGAUGGAUCAUUUAUUUUUCCUGGAAAAUUCUCAUUUUCACCAUCCUUUUAAAGAGCCCCUAGCUUUUCUUCAACUCAGCUCCUCAGCUGACCCCUUUUCCGUGAUGCCCACCCUGAUGGCACAUGGGCAAUUAGAUUUUUCUAGAACGCCAUGCAGGGGUGCUGACACCUGUAAUAGUUAUAUAUGUACAUGUGUGCACAUCCCACAGACCUAGACUACUUCUGGGAGUGAGAAGUCACAGUAACAAUGCAUAGCAUAAGAGAAGCAGUGUCUAGGAAUCAGACCAUGGAGAUGUGAAUACAGACAGUGACUGGAGAGCUGCAGAGACCAGCUGGCUUCUGAAGUCUCUGAGUCAUGGGAAAGUGUGUGUUCCGGGACCAGCAUCAGAUGAUGACUAUUCACUCAAAGAAAUCCAGGCCUGGGGGCUGGGCCCUGUGCUCAAUGAUGGGGACUUGGCAGCUGUGUCCCCUCUGGCCUGGCAGAGAUCCCUGAGCAGGGACCUGUGUAUGGUCUCAACAGGUGCUUCCUCUCAGGGCCUUGCAAGAAGAAAAGCAAAUCUUCCUCCCGCUCAGUCUACAGAGUGAGCUGAGCUGCAUCCCCAGGGCUCAGGCAAGGGCUAGGCAGUCCCUGGGUGGAAACACAUUUGCAUGAGCAGCCCCUCCUCUGCAGACGGUGGGAAGAAAAGGAGGCCUGGGGCAGCCCAGUCCCACUGCGGGGAAAGAGGCUGUGUCCACCAUGGCCUGGACUCCUCUCCUCCUCCUGCUCCUCUCUCACUGCACAGGUUCCCUCUCACAACCUGUGCUGACUCAGCCAGCCUCCCUCUCAGCAUCUCCUGGAGCAUCAGUCAGACUCACCUGCACCUUGCGCAGUGGCAUCAGUGUUGGUGGCUACAAUAUACACUGGUACCAGCAGAAGCCAGGGAGUCCUCCCCGGUACCUACUGUACUACUACUCAGACUCAAAUAAGGGCCAGGGCUCUGGAGUCCCCAGUCGCUUCUCUGGAUCCAAAGAUGCUUCGGCCAAUGCAGGCAUUUUACUGAUCUCUGGGUUCCAGUCUGAGGAUGAGGCUGACUAUUACUGUACGACUUGGCACAACAAUGUAUCUCACAGUGACACACACAGAUGGGGAAGUGGGACAAAAACCUCACCCUGAUCUGGGUCUUGUUCCGUAAUAGUUUUAAAUUUUUAAAAUAACCAACCUAGGCACAAACUACAUUUGGAAUUACUUUCUAGUUGUCAAAGGUGCUUCUGUCAAUUUCCCAUCCAUCCUUCUGAAGUCUCAGUAAAACAAAACAAAACCAAAGCACCUGAUGACCCUGAAGCGUUGGCUGCAUGUCCAUAUGUGCUGACACCAGUACCUGUGGAGCUGGACUUUUGUCUUGAAAGAAGCAAAAUGAGCCUUUCCAAGCUCACAGCAUGGUCAGAGCCUGGGGACAUGGUAGCAGGUGAACAGUCCCCUGCAGCAUGGACUCUGCUCUUCCAGCGUACAAGCAGAGACCUCCCCUUCCAUCCCCAGUAGUCUGUUCUCAGGGAUAUCUGAGGCUCACUGUGUCCCAGGAACAAGGCCCUCAAAUAUGAAAUGCUGCCUGAGGACACAAGUCAGGGAAGAAUUCCAGAUACAGAGCUGACCUGGCUCAGUCAUGGGUACCUGCAUUUCACUGGAAAUGUCAGGAGAUGGGGUUAGGUCUAAGGGUAACUGGGGGCCUGAGGCCAGUGAACCUCUAGGUAGGACAUGAGAGAGUCAAGGGGAGGCUCCACCAUGGCUGAGACAAGGCUGAGGCUGCUCCUUGGCCACGGGGGAAGUAGGUCCCAGGGAUGUGACUUUCCUACAGCUCAUCCCACUCAGGACCACAGGAACUGCUGAGGGUGGAUUUCCUGAUCCCUCAGGGCCUGACUGUGUUCUCUUCUCCUCUCUUACACCAUUGGAGGCUCUCACUGAGUCAGGGUCUAGUGGUGAGUCUGUGGAACAUCCCGGUACAGAAACUGCCCAAUAUUUGCUUCAAGUGACUCCUCCCCAGGAAACUCUUGAGAAAGCCCCCAUCUCAAUGUCACCUUUUACUGCACGGGGAGCCGCAGAAACACUGGGCAUUCCUUCCCAGAAAGAACACCUACGUUUGUGACCUAGGACAGCAGUGAUGGUCCCUCAGGGGUCCCAGCCUGAUUCUCCUGCUCUGGGUUUAUUCACACAGCCUCCUGGACAACCCCUGAGGACAGGCUGGUUAUCAGUGUCACACAGCUGCACCCUGACUAUAUGUUACCAAGGGUUCCUGUUCCAUGGAGAAGUGACAGAAGAUCUGCCCCACUCAUCCUCUCUGCCCUUCCCUCCUUUAUCCCUGCCUGUGACCAACACCAGUUCAUGCCAAGGCUUCUGCUGUCACUUGUGUUGCUGAAAGCAAAGCAAGGGUUCAGUAACAGUAACUCCUUUUUUUACUGGUCUCCCAAUGUAAACAGAAUCAACUUGUUUCUAGAAGCAAAAGGAGCUGCCCACACAUGGUGGAUGUGGAUGAGGCGGGGAUGACAAGAAAGAAUCCAGCCUGUGUAACCCAGCAGUCCAGGAGCCUUCGGCCUGGUACGAAAGGUACUGCCUCUUUUGGUGCAGGUAUGCUGGCCAUUUCCUGAGCUCUGAAACUGUGGGACAGAUGACAAGAAAGGAGAAUGCAGCCUGUGUGACUCAGAGACCCAAAUGUGAGACAGGAAGUCUGAUGCUUAAGAAAACGUGGGCUCAGCAUUCUGAAAGAUCUAGAUGUGGCUUAGCCUAGAGCUGGUGUAGAGGAGAAGCAAGAGAAGCAAGAGAAGUGCUCAGCCUUAGGUGGCCCAGGCACAGCGGUCCUGUCAAAGCGCUGAGCUCUCUGCACCAUGGAUAUCCUGCAGAGACAUCCUUGGGGAGGCUGUGACCCAGAAUGAUGCAAAAAUGCUAAUGGAAGUGAGCAGGGGAUGGUUUAUGGGGGAAUGAGGAGAUGGGUGUGGGGUCAGAUGGGAUAAAGAGGGUGCAGCCUGAAGAGGAGACUGUCCAUUGUGACUCACAGGAGGCGGAGGCCUGGGGCCUAGAGCAGUGACAAAAGGAGGACCUGGAAGGACCUGCACCCUGAAGACACACAGGGACUGGGGUUUUGGUCUGUCUGUGAGGGUCCCUGUGGAGGACCACAUAAAAAAUCCAUAGUCAGUGUCCUCUGUCCUGGGUUCACUGUCCAGGUGUUGCCCCUUCCUCCCGGAGCCUCUGGGU